AAAGCCGGUUCGUUUCGUGUUUAGAGAAUUGGUCCCAAAGUCAUAUCCAGAAGGAGCAGCUGUGACGGCGACGAACGAUGGAGACGCAGUGACAACGGAGAUUCCGCGAUGACUGAGACCUAACGCUAUGAACUCAUAUUUCAGAUCUAUUUGAGCUUCUCCCCCUUUAUAAUACCGUGGAUCGGUUAAAAAGAUUCUAAAUCUUCUCCAUUUUCCUAGCCAUAGCGACUAGGCUCUGACUCUGAGAAAGAAGAUGCCUCGGCCAGGUGCUAGACCUUACGAGUGCGUGAAACGAGCUUGGCAUAGCGAUCGUCACCAACCAAUUCGAGGUUCCAUCAUCCGCCAGAUCUUCAGACUCGCCAUGGAAGCUCACAGUGCGGGCACGAGGAAGAACAAAGAGUGGCAGGAGAAGUUGCCUGUUGUCGUCUUGAAAGCCGAGGAAAUCAUGUACUCUAAAGCCAACUCCGAGGAAGAGUAUACAGAUGCUGAUACUCUGUGGAAUAGAGUCAAUGAUGCUAUCGACACCAUUAUUAGACGAGAUGAAACCACUGAAACUGGCCCUCUUUUGCCUCCUUGUGUUGAAGCUGCUCUUAACCUUGGGUGCAUUGCUGUAAAAGCUUCUAGAAGCCAACGACAUAGUAAUAUAAGGACUUACCUCGCUCCAAAGAUCCAACAACCGGUUUCUGCUUCCGCUAAUGACCCGCAAUACCAUCAUGAUUAUCAUCAUCAUGCUCAAAGAUCGACCAAACCAAGCCAUACUGUUCAAGCGGCAAUCCCUGUGGAUGUUUCUGAUAACAGCAACAGCCGUGUUGCUCCUCCACCUCCUCGCGGUUACCCGUUUCUACAUGAAUCCAUGCCGAUGCAGCAAAAGCCAUUGGCUAGAAAACUAGGGACUACCACUGCUCCAUCUCCAUCUCCAGCUCCCGUCAACUUGGGUUCAGUCUAUCCUUUGUAUUACGGAGGUAAUGAUCAAGUGGACAUGUCUUUAAGAGUCCCUGAAACCCCCAUAAUCAUUGGCAUGCCUAUUGGUAUAAAGGCCCCGGAAGAAACAACAGAGAGGCUCUGCGAUUUAUCACUGAGGCUUGGUAUGUCUUCAGAACAACCACCCUCUACAAGAAUAGAUGCCGGGUCUAGUCGAGCUUACCAAGGAAGGCACCAACAAGAGUUAUGUUUAUUCUCUGAGGUGAAGAAGAAAGAUGAUAUGUUUGAUUGGUUUUCAAAUUAAGACUUAUGUUACACACAUAGUCAAUCUUGUGGAGACUCCCUCCAGGAUUUGCUUAGUGUUACUCAAAUCUUGUAAAAGCCUUAGGUUUAUUGGUUAAUAUUUUUGACUCUA